UCCCUCCCUCUCCACGAUAAAACCCAAUGCCUAACCCUAAGCCUCCGCAACGAACGAACGAAGAGAGAAACCCUAGUUCCAAUUGCAAACCCUAGCUCUUGCUGCGUUCUUCUCGGGUUCUCUUGGUGUGUGGAGAGUUCGGUGAUCGCCGGAGGGGAGGGAUGUGGAACCACCCGCCAUAUUGGAAGGACAGGGACGUGGAAUCCGGUCCCCAGGCACUGUACCCGACGAUGCUGGAGAGCCCGGAGCUCCGGUGGGCGUUCAUCCGGAAGAUCUACGCCAUCCUGACCGUCCAGAUGCUGCUCACCGUCGCAGUCGCCGCCGUCGUCGUCUCUGUUCGCCCCAUCUCCCACUUCUUUGUCUCCUCCGGAGCCGGCCUCGGCCUCUAUAUCUUUCUUAUUAUUCUCCCGUUCAUCGUAUUGUGCCCUCUGUAUUACUACUAUCAGACGCACCCGGUGAAUUAUCUACUCCUUGGAGUUUUUACAGUGUCUCUUAGCUUUGUAGUAGGAUUGACGUGCGCCUUCACAAGCGGAAAGGUUAUUCUUGAGUCUGUUAUCCUUACGGCGGUGGUCGUCGUGAGUCUCACUUUGUACACCUUUUGGGCGGCGAGGAGAGGCCAUGACUUCAGCUUCCUUGGGCCUUUCCUGUUUGCUGCAGUGAUGAUCUUGAUCGUAUUUGCCCUCAUCCAGAUCCUGUUUCCAUUGGGGAGGAUCUCAGUCAUGAUCUAUGGAGGACUGGCUGCGAUUAUCUUCUGUGGAUACAUCAUCUAUGAUACUGAUAACUUGAUAAAACGCUACUCCUAUGAUCAAUAUAUUUGGGCUGCUGUUGCUCUGUACAUCGACAUCAUCAACCUGUUCCUUUCUUUGCUCACUCUUUUCAGAGCGGCUGAAAGUUGAAGCAUGGGAUUACCAUGAGAAUUCCAUGACAAAUUUGUGGAACUCUAGUAUCAUGUUUAUAAAACCUUCUGUCCCCCCCCCCCCCCCCCCAAAAAAAAAAGCUUGAUGCAAUCUUAUUCCGUGGGGGCUCUCUCUUUCCGGGCUUACUCUCACUAACGUUUGUGACAAACUAUCUUUAUGCAGUCAUAAUAUUAGGGAUGCAUAUUUUUAAUCAUAAUUGUUGAAGUA